AUGCCGGGUAAGAUGCAAUGGUACUAUCCACUUGCUCCGGUUAAGAGUUCUAAACUCCGGGAAAUCAUUUUGGAUAUGGCCAAGUCACUUACUUUUCCACUUCCACUUUUGGCUACUACUCAUCAACAACUUAUUCAUGGAAUUUCAAAUGUUUCUUGUGGAGAAGAUGAUAGUACAUCAUUAAUUAAGGUUUGGGAGAAAAUUUAUGGAGUAAAAGUUUUAGAUGCUGCAAAUGAAGAUUUAUAUAGUGCUGAAAAAUUGGCAUCGAAAAUCACUUCUGAUUCUAAAAGUGGGAGAAGAGUUGGAUGUAUGAAUAAAAACACUACAUACACAAAAUUUAUAUCACUGCUGGCUCACUCGAAAGGGAUAUUGGUUGAAGCUGAGCUAGGAAGGUUGUCUGGGACGAAAGAUGAUUUGACUAUGGAAGAAUAUGAAGCAAAGCUAACAUAUGUUAAGAUGGCAGAAAAAUUUAUCGAUGAGAUGGGCAUAGAUGCUUUGGCAGUGUGUAUUGGAAAUAUGCAUGGAAAAUACCCUGCAAGUGGUCCAAAUCUCAAAUUUAAUUUACUGAAGAUAGAAUUGCAUGCAUUGAGCUGGAAGAAAGGAGUGUUCUUGGUGCUUCAUGGAGCAUCCGGCUUAUCCGAAGAACUUGUUAAGAAAGAUCUAGUUCAUGUUAUGGCUUCUGCAAAGGAAGCCAUGAAAGUUAUAGUUGCAGAAAAGAUGCAUCUCUUUGGUUUAGCAGGAAAUUCCAGUGCUGUUCUACUACCACCACCACCGCUGCCACCCUCGAUCUCUUCAGAUAAGGACUUUGAUGAUGAUGAGAAUGAAGAUGACACUGAAGACUAUAGCUGA